AUGAGCCUUAGAGGCAGCACCACCUCCUCCUGUACCAGGGCCGUCCCACUUUCUGUCCUGCAGGUGUUGCUGCCGAUGUCACUGUUCCUGACCACGCUGGUUCCCUCCACCACUGGAGAACCUAAAAGUAUGAAUAGAAAGCUGUACAUUGAACUUCGCUGCUUGUGUGUGAAGACCACCUCUGGCAUUCAUCCCAGUAACAUCCAAAGACUGGAAGUGAUCAGGGCAGGACCCCACUGCACCAAAGUCGAAGUAAUAGCAAUGUUGAAGAAUGGGAAGAACGUCUGCCUGGACCCAGAAGCUCCCAGAAUCAAGAAAGUAGUCCAGAAAAUAUUGGAAGAUGGUGGGUCAGCUGCUUAA